GCGCGGCCCGAGCGCGCCGACGGCUGCCUGCUGGCCUGGCGGUCGAGCCUCUUCCGCCAGCGGGGGGAGCUCGCCGUCAGCUACGACGACGCCGUGGCCUCGGCCGCCCCCCCAGCGUGCGUGGCCUCGCGCUUCACGCGGCGGAACGUCGGCCUCGUGGUGGAGCUGGAGGCGGUGGCGGGCGGGGGCUUCCGGUUCCUGCUCGCGACGACGCACCUGUACUGGGGCAUGGACCACGAGGACGUCAGGUCCUGGCAGCUCCAGGUGCUCUUGGAGACCGCCCGCGCGCGCUUCGACCCGGCCCUGCCCCUGGCGCUGUGCGGGGACCUCAACACGCUGCCUGGCAGCCGGUCCUGCAGCCUGCUGGGCGGCGGAUCCGCCGAUUUCCCCCUUGCUCCCGGGGGCUCCGAACCCUCCGCGGCGUGGAGCGCUUCCUGUUCGACCGGGACAUUUCCAAGGCCUGCCGGGUGCUGCGGCUCCUGGGGCUGGACGCGGCGGUGGAGGGGGCCCAGGAGCGCGAGGCGCGCCCGCUGGGCGCCAAGGACGGCGGCUUCCCGGCCCGCGCCAGCGUGCCGCUGUUCGCGCGCGCGGCCCGGGAGGGGCGCCUGCUGGUUUCCGCCUGCAAGAAGCUGCUGGAGCGCAGCGACUGCCCGCCGGCGUACUUCCUCGACGUGCGCACCAGCGAGGCGAGCACGGCGGAGAUGCUGCGGCGGCUCUCGGUGGACGUGCGCCCGGGGCGCUUCUUCGGGCGGUGCGUCAAGUGCAACGGGGAGGUCCGGCCCGUCGGGGCCGGCGGGCCCGCCAGCGGCGAGAUCCCGCCCGGGGCGCCCGCCGACGAGCAGCUGCACGAGUGCACCGCAUGCCAGCAGGUCUACUGGUUCUCGCUGAGCACCGAGAGCGCCUCCGCGCGCGCCCAGCGCCAGAUCCAGGCCGUAGUCGACCUGCUGGGCCCUUUGGAGGCGCCAGGAGGCCGCGGUGGGGCCGGCGCCGGCCACGGGGCGUUCCUGCGCGACGGCGGCGGGCGCCUGGGCCAGCCGUGGGCCCUGAGGUCGGCGUACGAGGACCUGGAGAGCGGCGGGGCGCAGGGCCUGCUGACGAACUCCAAGCUCGGGUUCCACGGCUGGAUAGACUACGUGUGGCUGAGCCCGGCGCUCCACGCGGCCCGUCGCCGGCGCCUGCGCCCCCUCUCUGCUCUGGGCGCGACGCUCCCGCUCCGGUCCCUCGUGGGGCCCGCGUGGCCCUCCGACCACUGGCCGCUGGCGGUGGACCUGGAGCUCCCGAUCGCCGCCAACUUCCACGGCAUCAAAAAGGCCCUGCUCACGCCGCACUUCAACAUCGUGAACGACGCGGGCGGCAAGUUCUGGGUGCGCCUGCCGCACAUCGAGGGCCCCGUGCCCGAGGAGGUGCCCAAGGUGAUCCCCAGGGAGCGGACGCCGCUGCCGUCAGAAGCAGGCGACGACCAGCUGGCGGAGGGCGACCUCGGCGACGACCUGCUGCCCGCGGAGGACGCCGACCUCGACGGCGAGGCGCCCGCCGAGUACGGCCUCGACGAGGAGCUGCCGCCGGAGGACGACAUCGUCGACGGCAUCGUCGACGAGCUGCUGGCGGACGACGGCCUGUGGGACGAGCCGCCACCAGAGGAGCAGCCCUGGGAGGGCGAGCCGCCCGAGGAGGAGCCGCCCGCGCCGGCCGACGAGGCGGGCCCGCCGCCGACCGAGGACGUCCAGCGCGUGCUUGACACUCUGGGCGUAAAGGAGGGGCGGGACGGCGUGGAGGCGCUCCGCAAGGGGGGGCGCCCCGACCUCGCCGAGCGCCUGGAGCAGCUGUCUGCCCGGGGCAAGGGUGCGGAGGAGCCCGCGGCGGAGCUGCCCCCCGAGGACCAGUGGUGGCUGCCAGCGGACGACGAUGGCCAGGGCGACGCCGAGGAGCCGUCCGCAGCGGGCGGCGAGCAGCAGGAGCCGUCCGCCGCGGGCGGCGACGGUGACCAGAAGUUCUGGGAGGAAGCCUGGGAGCCCGGCUUCGACGACGGGCCGCGGCGGUCCGCGCCUGGACCAGAAGGCGAUGGCAUGCUCCGCCCGACCGUGACGCUGGGGCACGACAGAGGCGCCAAGGGACAGCCGAAGGGGGCCGGCAAGAGCAGAGGUCAGAAGGGUGGCCGAGGAGACUGGGACAUGGCCCCCAGGGACUUCGACAAGGCGGCGCCCAUAGGCGCCUCGCCGCGGGUCGUGGCGCCUCCCCGCGGGAACCGCGGCGAGCGCCGCGCCGAGGAUCCGGAGUCCCUCCUCCAAUUCCAGCGUGCGAUCCGGAAGGGCGGCAAAGACGGCAAGGACGGCUCCAGGAAAGGCGGCGGCAAGGACGGCUUCAGGCCCGGCAAGGAGGGCGGCAAGUGGGACCGCAGGGAGGGCGGCAAGGGAGAGCGCAAGGACGGCGGCAAGCGGGACCGCAAGGACAGCGGCAAGGGAGACGCCAAGGGAGAGCGGCGGAACCAGCUGCAGGAGGUGGGCCCAGACGGGCGGAAGAUCUGCAUCUUCUUCUCCCGAGGCAUCUGCAGGAACGGAGCGAACUGCCAGUUCUCGCACGCGGGCAUGGUGUCCGUCGAAGCGGGGCCGCUGGACGCGGCGACGGCCCGGCCCGGAGCCCUCGCGGGCACUGACCUCGUAGGUGUGCUCGCGGCGGUGGCGGCGGCUGCUCCCACAGGUGACUUCGAGUCGCCGUCGAGCGUGCGCACGUCGCAUAAGAAAUCGACCGUGCGGGGCCAGUCGGACCCAGAGGACGCCGACCUCACGGGCCAUAUCCAGAUGUUGCGCACUACUGUCGGGACUCUUGUGAACACGGCGGAGGAGCUGAAGGCAAACUUCAUCAGGAUUGACAACAGGGUGGACACGAUCGAGCUCGAGUGGGGCCUUUGGCAGUCCACCGACGACGACGCUGCCCAUCGUCCGCCAGAGGAGUACCGAAUGGACGAAGGCAACACUCCACGAGGUGUCCGAGCCGCAGCAGACGAUUGGUACGAGAGUGGGGAGUUAUCGGCACAGAGGCCUGGCUACGGCAUCCCCCAACACCCUGGACAGCGACGUGUCCACCUUCCUUGCAGGAGCACCGUCGACAAGGCCCCCGCCGCAGCCAGAGUGUCAAGAACGACUUGCUCGCCGCAGCUCCUGAGGUCGCAGCUGAGGCUCCUUGACGGGGACUUCACGAAGAAGCAAGCGCAUAAUAUACGGUCCAAAUACAAGCACCUGCCAGACCACUACUACGAGGACGACGCUGCGAAGUCGAUUACCGCUACGUUGUUGAUCCUCUGGGCGCUCAUCUUCGUGGGCGUGGACACCCUGCUCGCUAGUCCCAACUGCGCGCCCUGGGGGGCUCAGACCCGAGGCCUGCCCCUCGACGUCCUCGCGGCCAAGCGGGACCUGGAAACGUCAUUCCUUGAGUUCUUGGCUGUGUGCUGCUUUAUUCAGAUGUUGCUGGGGCGCCGAUACCUGUUGGAAAACCCAGCAUACAGCGAUAUCAUCACGAAAAGUCAGCUACAGCAUUUGAGAGACGUGACGUGUUCCCUGGCCCGUUUGGACCAAUGCGCUGUGGGCGGCAUGCUAGAAGGCCAGUUCAUCAGGAAACGAUCGCACUUCCAGUGCUCCAGCGAGCUUUACCACCUGCGUCAGCAGCUUGAACAGGCCCCUGGGGAGCUUCACCAGAGAGCUCUGGACAGACAGCUGGGCAAGCAGUGGAACGAUAUCAUGGCCAAGUGGAUCGCCAAGGCGGAGCUGUUCCUACCCGGAGGCAGGGGUGCCCAGGCGCACAAGGCUUCAGCCGCAUGUGUGGGGCGCCAGUCCGAUUUCGGGCUUCGCGACGGCCAGUCGGGAGGGCACCCUUCCGAUAGGCGCCACGUGGAACAUGAAGAUGGCGUCGAGGAAAUGCCCCAACUGCCAACCCAGGAGGUGGGGGGUGCCGACAUGCCUUUCAUGGCAGCACAGGCCGUUCAGCAGCAUCAGGGUUGGAAGAGCGGCGAGUCGACAAUAUUCCAAGAGUGCCCUCAUGCCCUGCUUGGUUUUCUCCGAUGUCGCCACAUGGGGUCCGCAGCGCAAGACCUGUCCGACGAGGACACCACGGGACCUCCAGACACCGAGCCACUUGACGCGAGCGUUUUUUCAGAUGAUCGUGGCUCGGAGGUUGAUUCCGAUGACGAUUGGGUCGUUCAUGGAGGUUUCAGUGCCGCCCUCGUCGUUGACGGCGCGGCGCCGGAGAUGCCACCGGUGUACGGCAAGAAGACGUGGACGUGGACGAAGCAGAACCCGUGCGACCACUGA